UGCCACCUGCCCUGCAUGAACGGGGGCAAGUGCAGCUCGCGGGACCGGUGCCAGUGCCCGCCCAACUUCACCGGAAAGUUCUGUCAGGUCGCCGUGCCCAACGGCGCCCGGCAACAGCACCACACGCAGCAGGUGUCCCUCGGCAACGGCCAGACCUCGCAGGUCCACUCCACCCACACGCUCCCGCUCACCUACGGAGGCGGACAGAACCAAGUGAAGCUCGGGCCGAACAUCGUCAACAUCCACGUGAAGCACCCCCCCGAGGCCUCGGUGCAGAUCCACCAGGUGUCCCAGCUGGACUCCGCCGGGCCGGCAGGGAACGGGAACGGGAACGGGGCCCAGGCCGGGCACUUCACCUACCACUCCGAGGUCAGCCACAAGGGGCAGCAGAGCCAGACCGUGUACCCCCACCAGCAGACCUUCGUCCAGCACUACCCCGUCUCCUCCAAGGGCCAGCUGGGCCGCUGCUUCCAGGAGACCGGCGGAACUCAGUGUGGGAAGGCCCUACCUGGCCUCUCCAAGCAGGAGGACUGCUGUGGGUCAGUGGGCACGUCCUGGGGCUUCCACAAGUGCCAGACAUGCCCCAGAAAAACCUGUAAGUGCUCAUCUAACUCCUUUACGUUUAUAUGAAUAUUAUCACUUAUU